UCCUCCUCCUCCUCCUCCUCCUCCUCCUCCUCCUCCUCAAGGUGACAUGAGUAAGGUUCGCCCUACUAGGUGUCCCCAACCCUCCUCUGACCCUCCCCUCCCCCUCUCCCUUUCUCCAGCUCCCCUCCCUCUUCCCUCACCCUCACCCCCUUCCCCUUGUCCCCAGCGCGCCCCUGUGGGAGUGGUGGGAAGCCCAGGGUUCGUUUGCUGGAGCCCUGAGGAGGAGAUCUCGGGGUACCCUUCCCUCCCCACUAGUCUUUCUCUCCCCUCUAUUCUCCCCUCUCCCCUCCUCUCCCCUGCUGGCUGUUUCUCCCCAGUUUAUGCGUCUCCCCCAGCCUCACCAUGUCAUCUAGGAGUCCUCACCCCCGCCAAACUCCCCAGCUACCUCCCCUAAUGUGGUUAUCUCCCCAUCGUCUCUCUCCCCACCUCCAAACACCCCACUCUCCCCUCUCCCUAGUCCCCCUCAGUGUCAUGUCUCCCCUCUUCUCAGUCACCCCAUCACUUCUCCCAGUCAGUCACAUUUCCCCAAUUUCAUUCCCCUCUCCCCGCCACUUAACGCCCAGCCGUCCCCUACACACACAACGCCCAUUUCCCCUCGAUCCCUCUUGCCUCCCAUUCAAAAUACCCUUCCCUCCCCAUUUCCAGCCAACACAGUCCCCUUAAAUCCCUCAAAUUUCUCAGAUAAUAUCCCAAUUUCUUCCCCAUCUCCUCCCCAUCUCCUCACACCCCCCAGCGAGCCUCAGCACCCCGGGGAAGUCACGGGGACCUUAUCACCCUGAGGGACGCCACACCGGGGGAGAAAAAGGAAGAAAAUGGUCAAAUAAGGAAGAAAAUGGCGGGUGAAUCGGAUAAAAUUGACUCGAAGAAGGGAAGUGAAGCUGUUUCGGGUCCGGUGAAGCUUCGAACGCCGCCCGGAGGAGGAAGGAAGAAGAGAAGAGGAGGAGGAAGAACAAGGAAGAGGUCAAAGGUCGGCUGUCCCUCUUCGGUGACCCCAGGGAUACGUCACUUCACUUCCCCAUGAUUGAUGACCUUGAGGAUGACCUGACCUCUCGUAAUCCUGAACCUGAUCCUCCUCAUCCUCCUCCUCUUACUCCUCCUUCCUCCUCCUCCUCGUCCUCCUCCUCCUCCUCCUCCAACGACACAUCAUCUUCAUUUUCUUUAGAUGAUAUAGGAGAGAACGCGAUGGAGUUAGCAGAGCAGCUUUGUGACGUGACUAGUGAAGCGGGUCAUCUUAUCACCAAGGAACUGAAGGAGGGGCUGGAGUACGUGACCCAGCCCGAGGACACCCUGGAAUUCGAGUGGCUGGAUACUGUGACCGGCCUUGUCUCCAUCGCGACCUUCUACUUCGAGCUGGCUUCAGAUGGCCUCGUCACGUUCUACCUCUACGAUGACGACGCUGCCAGGCCUUGGUUCCUCGCCUCCUUAGUGCUGAUUGUGGCACCUUUGGUUAUAGUGAACGGCUUCAGUCUCUAUUGGUACUGGUUUGACGAGGUGUGGUGCCACGGGUCCAACAGCCACGCUCGCGCUUCAGUCUGGGCGUGGGCGGCCAGGCUGGGCGGGCAUGUACUCCUGCAGGCGCCCGUACUAAGGCAGGUGGAUAUCAUUUACUACGGGCACAAAAGUUUGGCGGAAACUAUAUUGGGGGGCGUCCCCGUGGAUCAGGUGAUGCUGGAAGCUGCACGUGACCAGCGCUGCGAAGCCCACUGCUCUGUUCCCAUCCCCGCCACACGCACCCCUGUCUGCCGCGCACCGGUCUGCAGCGCCGCCCCUCGUCAGUGUUCUUCAGAGUGCUUCGGGCGCGGCGGUGGGUACGUGGCGCGGUGGAUCCAUGCCGAGCGGGAUGCCACCAACGUGGAGCUGCUGCUGGCGCUCUCCCAGGCAGCGCCUCUGCUUAUCCUCAACCUGUUCAUCAUGGCGCGCACUGUGCCCACCCAGACACGCCAGGGACACUUCAGCCAGACCCUGGUGGUGCAGAUCUUUUCGGAGUGGUCAUCACUGCUCACACUGGCCUGGUCGGUCUCCUCCUUCGUGCGUGCCACCCGCCUCACUGAACCAAGCCUGUCCAACCUCUCCAUCCUGGACCAGAUGCUGCUCACCCUCGGCCACUUCUGCUCCAUCGCCUCACAGGUGAUGAGUUUUGCCCUGUUUGCCUCCCAGUUAGUGGUUGCUUUCUUCAUUAUUGUCACACUUCACUGGCUUAUAAUGAGCUGCUGGAUACUGGUGCAGCUGGUGUGUUACCCUCGCACCACCUGCAGCCGAGCCUUCUUUGCCCAUGACCGCCGCCUGGGUCCCUGCCACCAGCUGGAUGAUGUGCUGUACAGUGCCAUGAUGGGCCUCGUCUUCCUCUUCACCUUUGUGGACGUCGGGGGAGUGAAGGCGAUGCAGGCCCAGGCGUGGCUCUACCAGCUCCUCGUCUUCCUGGAACAGAUGGCACUGCUCUCCGCGUGGUUGGUGUGGUCUGGGGGCACCACUUGGUAUCACUGGCUGCCUCUGCUAUUGUCUCCUCUUCUCCUGUGCCUCAAUCUUGCCUUCAUGGCCUGCUUUACUGCCUCUGUCAAGCCCAACCACUGCCAACCACUGGCCAAGCAAGUGUGAGGCAGCAGGCAGCGUGCAUGGCACUCUCACUGCCACCACCAUCAGCCAACAAGAACACCAAUCAAUGUUCCUGUUGGCUCAGACGUCAUGCAACACCCAACAACAAGAAUGAUAAGAAAAACUACAACAGUAAUGUCCUGCAACACUGUCCGAGUCUCCAUUCACCUCCAGCCAUUUCCUGAAAGUGCUGGAGUGAAGAAGUCUCAGUGUUCAUAGGAAGUGUUGCAUGACUGUCAGUGUUGCUUGUAAUGUUUUAUUGCACUAGGAGUGAGGAUUUUUUUUGCACUUAUUCCCCCCCUUCUCUCUCUCUCUCUCUCUCUCUCUCUCUCUCUCUCUCUCUCUCUCUCUCUCUCUCUCUCUCUCUCUCUCUCUCUCUCUCUCUCUCUCUCUCUCUCUCUCUCUCUCUCUCUCUCUCUCUCUCUCUCUCUCUCUCUCUCUCUCACAUCCCACAGACCCCACAGUAUGUCCCCCACAGUUUGUUUACAUACCACAGUCACUCACCACAGCCCCCCCUUCAUAAAACACACACACACGUCACAAUAUGUGAAGUGAUGACAGUGAGGUACAACUCUUCUGAGACUGGUUACAAGCUGGACACUUUCCCAUAACAGUGAGUCGUCUGUACUACAAUUUACUUACAAUAAACAUGUAAACAAA